AUGGCUUUCGUGCACCUCUUUUCGCGUGACGAAGGCGUCGCAGGGUCCAACCGCGAUGAACCACAGGACAACUCGCUGUCCGGCUUGGUGUCGACCCUCGUGCCGACGGCCAUAUCCGCUCUCGUCUUCGUCACCCUCUUCUUGAUCUUCCGCCGCCAUUUCCGCAGGCUCUAUGCCCCGCGCACCUACAUCGACAGCCUGGGCGACCAGCGCAAGACGCCCGCCCCGGGCAAUGGCCUGUUUGCCUGGAUCGCCGACUUCCGCCGCAUCAAGGACGAAUACAUCCUCGACCACCAAUCCAUCGACGGCUACCUGUUCGUACGCUUCUUCAAGGUGCUCAUCGUCCUGUGCUUCCUGGGGUGCGUCGUCACGUGGCCUAUUUUGUUUCCCAUCAACGCGACGGGCGGUGCGGGGAAGAAGCAGCUCAACCUGCUCUCCAUGAGCAAUGUUGCCAACGUGAACCGCUACUAUGCUCAUGCCCUGGUGUCCUUUGUCUUCCUGGGCCUGGUCAUGCUUAUCAUCGCCCGCGAGUCCUUCUUCGUCGUCAACUUGCGCCAGGCCUACCGACGUUCUCCCUGGGGCGCCAGUCGCUUGUCCUCCAAGACCAUCCUCUUCACAAACGUCCCCAAGAACAUCACUCAGGCCACCUUGUUCGAGCUCUUCCCCGGCGUCAAGCAUGCAUGGGUCGCUUCCAACUGCAAGGAGCUGCAGGAGCUGAUCGAUGACCGAGAUAAGACUGCCUUGAAGCUCGAGGCUGGCGAAAUCCAGCUCUCCCGCGAUGCCAACCAGAACCGCAUCAAGACGGACAAGGGAAAGAAGGCGUACAAGGCCGGAGAAGGCAUCGACCACUUCUGCAACCCCAAGGACCGCCCUACCCACCGCCUCAAGUUCCUCGUCGGAAAGAAGGUCGAUACCAUCACCUACGGACGUCAGCACUUGGCCGAGCUCAUUCCUAAGAUCGAGGCCGAGCAGGACAAGCACUGGCAAGGUAAGGCUGAUCUGGUUGGUGCUGUCUUCUUGGAAUUCGACACCCAGCGGUCGGCUCAGGAUGCCUGGCUGUUGAUGCAGAAGCGGAAGACCAAGCCCAACUCGAAGAUGUCUGCCCGCCAACUCGGUGUUCUCCCCCAGGAAGUCGUUUGGAACAACUUGCGCAUCGGCACUGCCGAGCACUGGAUCAGAUGGAUCGCUGCAACAGCCUUUGUCUCCGUUGGCAUCAUAUUCUUUGCCAUACCCGUCGCUGUCGUCGGUAUUAUCUCUAACAUCAAUUACCUAACCCAAACCUUCACCUGGCUGGAAUGGAUCAACAGUAUCCCAACUGUCAUCCUUGGUGUUGUGACCGGUCUACUCCCCGUCGUUAUGCUUGCAGUCUUGAUGGCACUUGUGCCUAUCAUUUGCCGACUCAUGGCCAAACUUGCUGGCUGGGUUACUCUUAGCCAAGUCGAAUUGCAGACCCAGUCCUGGUACUUUGCCUUCCAGGUCAUUCAGGUCUUCUUGGUUACCACAUGUGCCAGUGCCGCCACUGCCGUCAUCCAACAAGUUCGCGACGACCCUGGCAAAGUCCUCACAUUGUUGUCCGAAAAUCUGCCUAAGGCGUCCAACUUUUACAUUAGCUAUUUCAUUCUGUUCGGUCUGUCGUCUGCAGCCGGUACGCUGCUCAAUAUUGGCGGUUUCAUCGGCGUGGUACUCCUUGGCCGCAUCCUUCCCGGCAAGACUCCCCGCAAGAUCUGGCAGAAGCUCGUCAACCUCUCUGCGCCCGCGUGGGGUUCCGAAUUUCCCAAAUGGACUAAUUUGGGCGUCAUCGCACUUACAUAUAGUGGCAUUGCUCCUCUCGUCCUAGGCUUCGCGACCGUUGGCUUCUCCCUCAUCUACAUUGCCUUCCGUUACAACUUCCUCUAUUGCUACGAGACCAACAUUGACACCCAAGGUGGUGCCUACCAGCGUGCCCUCCGCCAGCUCAUCACUGGCGUAUAUCUCUCCGAAGGCUGCCUGAUCGGCCUCUUCGCCAUUGCAACAGGAAACAACAAGGCCGCCGCGGGUCCCCUCGCAAUCGAAUGCCUCCUCCUUGCCCUCACCAUCAUCGGCCAUCUCUGCCUCCGCACCGCGCUUGUCCACCACGAAGCCCGCGUCGCCUACACCGACCCCACGCCCGCGACCACCGAGCUCGAGCACGGCCUCGCUCACACCGCCACCCCCGAGAAGAACACCGCAGCUGCAGACUCUUCAUCCCCCAACGUCGCUCCCAAGCCGACCAAAAUCCCUGGCUUCCUCCAGAAGAUCAUCAACCCUGAGCGCAACUCUACCCCCGUGCUUUCCUCCAAGCUCGACCAAUUCUACCACCAGCCACAGGAGCCCCUACCCGUUGAGAUCGCCAAGCGCGCAUACUUCAACCCGGCCGUGACCUCGCCCACACCUAUUCUGUGGAUCGUGCACGACGACAUGGGUAUCUCGGCGCGCGAGGUGAGGGAUACGAAGAAAGAGGUUUCCGGGCUGGAAAUCACGGAUGAUCAAGCCUACUUCAAUGAGAAGAAUAAGGUUGAGUGGAGAGGCCGGGACGAGGGGAAGGCGAGGGAGGCGCCGGUUUGGGAGGAACGUAUCAUCUAUUAG